UUUCAAAUAAGAUUCGUUGAAACUUGAAACGGUCACUGAAAUCUGAAAACGUUGUAUGACAAUAUAAGCCAAACCAAACAAUAUUUAUUUAUAAUUAGUUUUCAAGAAGUAUUUUGUAGUUUUACUACACAAAGGAUCGAUUGCAAUAGUGUUUAUUUAUAAGCUAUUACUUAUUUUGUAAUAUGGAUCCAUUUACAGAGAGUAUUUUGUCACGAGCAAGAAACAGGAAAAAUUUACUAACAAAUCCUAAUGAAGAAUUAAAUAAAGAUGAAAUCGAGGAUCCACAGUCUAAAGUAUUAACUGAACAAAAUGUGAAUCCUAAUUCAUUAAUAAAAUCACCUUCAAGCGGAAACAAAUCUAGUCAAGGUUCUCAGAAAACUAAAACACUGUGUUUUCAAAAAGAAAACCUCAAUAUGGAGAUUAAAGUUACAUCUUCAGAUGAUGUAAGGGUAGAAGUUGAAUUUGAAGAAUCAUCAGAUUCAGAAGAGACCAAGUCUGGUGGUGCUGGACUCCGUAAAAAUGUUAAGGAUAGAUUGAAAAGACUUGGAAAGCUCUAUGCAGGUGGCGAUGAUGCUAACUUGUCCUCCCCAAUACACAGAACUGAAGAAAAAUUUAUGUCGGAGUGUAAAUCUAAUAAAGUACCGGAAACAAAAAAGGUUGAUGGAAAAUUUCGUAAAGGCCUAGAAAACUUGGCGAAAGAGAUGAAUUGUUGGGAGGAUGAAAUUAAGACAGCCUCCAAGAAAGAAAAAGAACCAUUAAAAUGGGACAAAUCUGUUCUAGACUCUUUGGAGUCUCAAGGAUUUCAAAGGAAAACUAAAGAAUCCAAAUUGGUGUUUAAUUAUGCUGAAAUUGAAAAAACGGAUACAGAAAAAGAAAAAAAUUCUAAAGAAGAAAAAAAAAUUCCUAAAAAUAUAGAGAAGACAAAUUUGAAAAGUUUUCCGAAAAAUGAAGUUGCAAAGAAUGAAAACAAAUUUGAUUUCAGUCAGAAAAAAGCAAUCACUCAAGAUCCUUCUUCAUUAUCAAUUUCUGAGAGGAAAGCUUUGUUCGAGAGGAAUCAGGGAGAAGUGUUGUUACCAAAAGCACCUUUUGCCAUGUCUAUUCCUUUGAAUGAGAAAAGUAACAAUAAAUCGAGCGAUAUGAAUAAAACUAACAAAGUGCAAAUUUCCAAUGCCAAAUCAAAGACGAAAGAUGUGACAGAAAAUUUAAUUACUUUGGAGAAUGUUAAAUUAAAAAAAGUGAAGACAAAUGAUGAUUCACCUGCAAAAACUAAAAAUAUCGAUAAUUCAUGGAAGCCUGCUGUCAAAUCAGUUACAAAAAAAUUAAAUGUACCAACAACAGUUGAUUGUACUAGCAGGUCAAAAAGAACUGCAACUACAGUGAAUAAUAAUAAUUCUUUCAAUAACGGUGAAAAUUCAGACCAAAACCCAUCACAAGUAGCAGUUCAUCAGUCAGGUGGUAUUGCAAGUACUAUGGAAGCUCUAUUCAAAAAAAAGGAUACAAUUUCUGAAAAACAAAUCCAAAAUCAAAUCAAGGAACAGAGAAUGAAAGAAAUGGAGGUACUCAUGAACAGAUUCAAACGAAAAGAGGUUCAGGAGGAGGUAAUCGAAGAAGAAGAUGAAGAAAUAAUUAGUGAAGACAACAGCGUAAAUGAGGAAAACAAAGUGUCUCACUCUCCAGUUCAGAAAGUCAUUAAUACGAAUUCAAAUAUGGAUUCCCCAAUGUUAAAGAGAUUGAAUGAAGACAACUCAGUUAAUGUGUCUCCAAGUCCUAGAAGAAGUGGAGGCAAACGGUCUUCAGUUAGUCCUAGGGUAGCUGCAGUUUUGGAAGAUGUGAAGAGAAUUAAGGUAUCCCCUGCAAAACCUGGUCGAAUCUAUCCAAGUUUAUCUGAUAUAGAGGCUUCAAAAGAAACAACGGAGACAGAACCAGAGGACGGUUUAGAAGAUUCCUCAGCUGAAAAUAGCAGUAUUGCUAGUUAUUCUGGAGUGGCGGAGACUAGUUUUGGAAAAGAAAUCUUGGACGCUGUCUGUAAAAAUCAAACCCCUUUGAAAAGAGCCAUUUUUGAUGAUAGUACAGCUAGUGAUGUAUCUGACGUUCUUGGAGAUAUGGAUGACUAUUUAGAUGAAGCACUAGAAUAUGACAAAGAGAAGGAAAGCAUGGGACCAACACCCCCAAAAUUAGCCAAAUCGAAAGAUAUAUCAUUUCCUUCCCAUUCUUUCCAUUAUAAAGAUUAUUCACCAGACGUGAAUCGUUUCAAAUCGCCAGUAAAAUGCAAAGUAUCCGUUGAACAGUCUAAACCUGUUCAAGUUGCUGAUGGUGAAGGAGAACUUCCUUUGACAUAUACUGUUAGUUUUUAUAGAAAACAAACAAAUAAUAUGGCAUCAGCAUCACCAAUGAAAAUUGUAUCAAGACAAGAAGAUUCAUGUCCUGAACCAGAUAAACAACACGAAAUUUUAGCAAAAAUAAAAUUUUUGCAGACUGAAGUUCAAAGGUUGCAAAUAAUAAUUUCGCAAACAAGUCAGGCUCUAAAUCUGUGUAAUAACACUUUGGAAUUUAUGGGUUCUACCGAACAAGUUGAAGCUGAAAAGGUCCUUUUAGUAUCCACUCAUCGUAGGCAAGCAGCUUUAAAUGAAAUCCAAAGACUUAAGGUAGAGGAAAGUUUAAGGCCCCAAAAUCAUAAUAGUCAUGAUAUCCCUAUAGAAAAAGGCACCCUGACAAUAUCAGAAAUUGUAUUACCUCUCAAAAAAGAUUAUGUGAGAGCCCUUGCAGCUGCUGGAGGAAAAGGGCAUCAUGUGAUUUGUUUGGUGAAAUCUGCGGAAGAAGUAGUUGCAUCUAAGCUUGUUUCAACUGUUGCAACAAAUAUUAAAGAUCCCUGCUAUGAAUUGACAAUUCCUGGUUCCAUUUUACUUAAAAACAUCUAUAAUGAUUCAACUAUUACCUUCGAGGUGUAUUGUUUACAAGCUCAAGAAGAAAUUCUUCCUCAUGAGGUGAAGUACCAUAUCAAGAAAAGCAAAGCAACGCCAAAAAAAUCGAAACAAGACUCCUUGUUGUCAAGACCCAUAAAAGAAUCACCUGGUGGUCCUCAAGCUGUACGGUCUCCUUCUUUUGCCCUGAUGGGUUAUGUUGUUUUUUCUGUUCACAAAAUGAACAGAAAAUCUUGGAGUUUGAACAACACACCUUCAAUGAGCCCACUGGAAGGAUCAGUUGAAAUGAUUGUUUCUUGUGAAUUAAUAACAAGUGUGGAAUACCGUGGAUUUUUGACAAUGUUUGAAGAUAUUUCUGGUUUUGGCGCUUGGCAUAGAAGAUGGUGUCUUCUAAAGGGAGAUUCACUCAGCUAUUGGAAGUAUCCUGAUGAUGAAAAAAGAAUUCCCCCUAUCAAUUCUAUCGAUCUGAAGAGUUGCAUCAAUAAAGAAAUAGGUCCUGUCAGCAGAGAUAUUUGUGCAAGACUUCACACAUUUUUGAUAGAAACUGAAAGAGAACCCCUUCCCGAAGACAAAGAAACAUUGACUACAAUUUGUAAAAAAAAUAAAACAAUCAUCAGGCACCUUCUAUCAGCAGAUACAAAAGAAGAAAGGAUAAAAUGGUGCUCACAAUUUAAUACAAUUUUGUUAGCAAACAAAAUUUGUGGAAAUAAUCAAUAAGAAUUUGUAAAAAAGAUGCUAUAUAUACCCAUUAUAUAUUAAUUGAUAUGUGUAUAGUUAAAGAUAUUAUUUUAUCUUAAAGUUUUAAACAUUAUAUGAUUAUUAUAUUUUUUAUUACAUGAUUUGAUACUAAUAAGAAUGCUUUGCCCACUUGUAUUCUUACAGUUUAUAAUAAAAAUGUUGAUAAUUUCA